AUGAAGCUUUCAUUGGACGGAACGGUAGAUCCGUGGUGGCGAUUCGCCGCGUUCGUCGCAAAAGUGAGUCGCUUUUUGUUUUUUUUUUGUUUCUAUUGUUUCAAAUUAAAGGGGCGAGAAAUUUUUGAUACAUUUUAAAGGCAUCUAUAGAAACAUUUUAAAAUUUUACAGUGAAAUUAUGGCAAGAACUUUGCUUACAAAACAAAAAACGACAAGAACUUUCUUUACAAUACAUAAAAUUGCAAAAACUUUCUUUACAAAACAAAAAUGGCAACAACUUUAUUAAAAAAUUUAAAUUUGCAAGAACUUUCUUUACAGUCAAGAAAAGAACGGGAACGUUCUUUACAAAACAAAAAAUGGCAAGAACUUUGUUUACAAAGCACAAAAUGGCCAGAAAUUUGUUUACAAAACUUAAAACGGCAAGAAUUUUCUUUACAAAACAGAUAAUUUCAAGAACUUUCUUUACGAAAUAAAAAUGGCAAUGACUUUUAUUAUAAAACAAAAAAUGACAAGAACUUUCUUUACAACGCACAAUAAAGCAAGAACUUUCUUUACAAACUCAAAAAUUGCAAGAAAUUUCUUUACAAGUCAUAAUAUGACAAAGAAAACUUUUAAAAAAUUGUAAAGAUUUUAAUUACAGGUCAAAAGACUGUGUACGCUACUAAAAAAUGUAAAACGAACCUUUUCAGUCCCCAAAGCCAAUUUUCGGUCCAGAUUUCUCAAAACUGCAAGUUGAGCUAAUACUUCAAAUAAUCGAAAAUCUGGAUGUGUCAGAUUUGAGCAGACUAUGUUGUACUUGCCGGAAACUGAACCAAAUUAUUCACGUUUAUCGACCGUUAUUUGAUCGAAUCGAUGUAAACUCGAUUAAUAUACAGUAUGGGAAAUGGUAUGACGUGCUCACAAAGGCUAGGGCUGGUAGGUUUGUUUGGAAAUUGGGUAGGAUUGGGAUUUUUAAUAUGGCUGGGGUGGGGUAAGCCCAAUGUGGAGCAAUGAUUUACCGACUCUGCUUUAAUCUUGUCCUAGUUUAGUGAUACGGUGAGAUUUGGGUAGGGUAAGAAUAGGGUAUGUCUAAUGAUAAGGUAGACAAGGUCAGGGUAGUGCAGAAGGGGACUAGUGAUAAGGUGGGACGAGGCUGUGUACGGUAGGCUAGGGUGUUACCAGUGAUAAGGUAGGCCUGAACGCGGUAGGAAGGGAUAGGGUAGACCAGGUAUGACUAGUGAUAAGACGAAGCGAGGCCAGGGUAGAGUAAGGUAAAGUAAAAGUAGAGAAAGCAGCGGUAAUUAGGGGGUAGGGUUAAAGUAGGGUAGGGUAGGGUAGGGUAGGGUAGGGUAGGGUAGGGUAGGGUAGGGUAGGGUAGGGUAGGGUAAGAUAAAUUAGACUAAUGUAUCAAUAGUGAUAAGGUAAAGUGAAGCGAGUUCAGUCUCAUAGGGUAGUGUGCAGCUUUUGAUUAGGGCAGAUCAGGCUACGGCUGCCCGGAAUUACCAAAUUUGUAGCCGACAAAAUCAUGAAUCCCAUUAUUUUUAAGCCUUACGUCACGGAAUUAAGAGGUCAAUAUCAAAAACAAAAAUUUAAAGUUUGACUUUUUAGUCUGUGAACUUUUGUUUCUAUUAAGACUAAAAACAUUAUUUUUGAUCUUAGACUCAAAAUCACACUAAAAAAGUACGAGUUUCUAAAACAUUUUUAAAAUUUUUGGAAAUUUUUUUAACAACAUGGUACAUUUGUUAUAGAUAUACCGUAUUUUACAAUGCAAAUAAAAAAUUUUUAACUUUAUAAGCUUAAAUUUACCUCUUUCAGAUAAAGUAAAAGUGAAUUACUACAUGCCAGACCAUAAAACAUUGCCUAAAAUACGAAAAAGCCGGUUUUUAAAAGCUCAUCGAGUAGUGCCUUUGAAGGGUGUACUACUUCAUACCCAUAUCAAAGUAAGCUUCAAACCUAUUGUUAUCAGUACUUUACCCUACCCUACCCUACUCUACCCUACCCUACCCUACCCUACCCUACCCUACCCUACCCUACCCUACCCUACCCUACCCUACCCUACCCUACCCUACCCUACCCUACUCCCUACCCUACCCUACCCUACCCUACCCUACCCUACCCUACCCUACCCUACCCUACCCUACCCUACCUUACCUUACCCUACCCUUCCCUACCUUACCCUACCCUUCCCUACCCUACCCUACCCUACCCUACCUUACCCUACCCUACCCUACCCUACCCGACUCUACCCUACUCACCUCUAGAAUCAUUCUGUUCUACCGUGCUCUACUCUACCUCCCUUUACCAAAUUGUGUUUUACCUUAUCUUGCGCUUUGCUACCGUACUCUACCCUACCUCUUUCUAUGGUAUCUUACCCUACCUUACCCAACCGCACAAGACUUUACACUAGCCUACAUUACCUCACCUUAUUCUGCUUUAGCCUUACCCUACUUUAUCCUUUCUUAUCUUAUGCUAUAUUCGUUUUGUCUUACUGUACCGUACUUUGCUUUACUUUUCUAUAGCUUGGUUCUGUCUUAAUACCCUCAAGCCUACUGUAUCUUGUGGACCUUAAGAGUUGUAUAGCAAACUUGUGCAGUAUUAGUCGGAUCUAACGCUACUCCUUUGACCUUAUAUCCUACUUUAACUUAUUAUACCCUACCCUACUGUACCCUAUUACAAAGUUUUACUUGCAAACGUUACCAAUUCCAGAACACCUUCAUUCAUUUUGAGUUGAUCCACCCCGAAAUGGCUUAUGAUCUCCACCUAUCAAACCUAUCAACCAACAAUUUAUUCCUCAACUUCUCCCACCAUUCCAUCCAACAGUCCUUACUGAAACGGUAUUGGCCAAGUGUAGCCGAUGCUAUAAAUGGCAACUUGAGUAUAGACAGUGUCAAUGUUAUUCUGAGUCCGAAAACUUUUGAAUUUUACGAAGAAAUUGUCAAAAGUCUGCCUGAUUGCUCGGUCGAAGCUGUGGUUUCGUAUGGCUUUGAGCAUUGUAAAAUACGAUUUUAG